AUAAGCGGCGUGCUGCAGCGAGGGGAGUGUGGUAACCAUGUGAUCUGGCGGUCGGUGUUCCACUUUCUCCGGGCGCCCCCUCCUGUUUGGCGGAGAAGUGAAUCCGGAAGGGGUAGUUCCUCGUGUCGGUCCGAGAAGGAAGCCUCUGGGGGACUGCAGGAAGUCCUUCGCAAGGCCACGGCGUGCGCCACUCGCCUCAUCGGUUUCCCCGCGCCAACAGCGCUGCGCCGCCUGUUCCGCAGAUGCAGUCUGACGUCGCUCUGUGACAAAACAACGAGAGCAUACAGCUUCGGUCAACGGCGCUAGUUCCCAGGUGUCCUACAUUUGGGCGAUGCACUCUCUGACUUGGUGCCUUGUUGUUGCUGCUGCUGCCGUAAGCAUGUCCACCGUCGCAGCUCUGCCCCAAGAGCAUCACCCUUCUCUUUACACAAGAUCGGGAAAGCUGAAAGGCGUCAAGCGAGAGGCGUUCGGCCGGCCUGUCGACGUUUUCUACGGCAUUCCCUACGCGGUGCCGCCUCUCGGAAAGCUUCGCUUCCAGCGGCCGAUUCCCGUGAAGCCAUGGAAAGGUUUUCGGGACGCAACCCAACCGCCCUUUCCUUGCAAACAGCCAGAUUUCUUUGUGACUCAGAAUUACACUGUCUCAGCGGCCAACUCCACCGAAGACUGCCUAUACCUCAACGUAUGGACACCGGCGAGGUACUGCUUUGACCUGUUCAGCUGCGGCCUCAAGGCGGUUAUGGUGUACAUCUACGGAGGGUCGUUCACUUACGGCAGCAGUAGCUGGUCGUUCUACGACGGUCUCCACCUGGCAGCGUCUGGCGACGUUGUAGUCGUCACCUUCAACUACAGAGUCGGGAUCUUCGGCUUCCUCAGCACUAAGAUCGACGGAAUCACCGGCAACCAAGGGAUGCACGACCAGGUCCUGGCACUCCGCUGGAUAAAAGAAAACAUUGUCUACUUUGGGGGAAACGCUGAUCUGGUGACCGUGUUCGGCCAAAGUGCGGGGGCCAUAUCAGUGGGUUACCAUCUCGUCUCUCCCCUUAGCAAGGGCCUUUUUAAAAGGGCCAUCAUGGAAAGUGGCAGUCCCCUCUGGCUACUGCACGACGAUCGGACCAACGCUCUGCGGAAAAGCCAGACCCUCGCCAGUGCGCUGGGUUGCACUAAGGACUUCGACAAAGCCAUAAGCGACCCGGAAGUGUUGGAGUGCAUGAGGAAUAAGAACGCGACCGAACUGCUAAAUGUCGCGGCGGCGGCUCUGGGCCCGCAGGCCGAAACUUUCUUCCCCACCGACGACGGUCUCUUUUUGGCGCACAACGCGGACGUGCUCCUCGACACGAUGAAAUCAGCCGACGUCGAUCUUCUCAUCGGAAACAACAAGAACGAAGGGACGUUCUUCGUGUCCAACUUUCUUUCCAGGGGCCUCAAGUUCGACAACGUGGAACACAUCACCAAGGACGAGCUUGGCUUCUACAUGCUGCUCUUCUUCCGGACUCUUAUGCGGAGCGGCGUGAGCGAAAUCAGAGACUUCUACUUCGGGAAGUUUGACAGCACAGACAACACAAAGGUUCUUCAGAGGGGCUCUGAUUCUAUCGGCGAUUUCAUCAUCACGUGCCCAAGUCGAUUCUUCGCGGAACGAUACCAGUCCAAGGGACGUUCCGUGUACUACUACCAGUUCUCGCACCGACCCAGCUUCAGUAUCUGGCCACCCUGGAUGGGGACAACGCAUUUCGACGAGUUUCCCUUCGUGUUCGGCCAUGCGAUGGCGUUUCCAGAGCUAGUGACCGCCGAAGAGAGCAUGCUGAGUCGUCAUUUGGUGCACGUGUGGACGACAUUUGCCAAGACAGGGAAGAUGCCGACCUUGGGAAAACAUGCCUGGCCGAAAUACACCAAGGCCGGGCCGUACCUGAUGGACAUCUCCCUGAAAAACUUCACCAUCAGAAAGGGACCGCAAGAAGAAAACUGCCGAUUCUGGAGAGGAUAUUUCGCCGGUGGAAUUUAAGAGGACUGGCCUGGAUCGCGCGACCCACUCUACGUCCUCGAGUUACAGCAGUCACAUGUAUAAAAAAUGGCAACCACAUAACCUGUAUAUUGUUUGUGUAAAUAUAAUGACAAGAAGUGCAUAACAUGGAUUGCAGUAAGAAUAUAAGAUGUUGCCUUGUACAGCCUAAAUAAACUUUCUUUUGUUAAACCACG